UUCCUGACCACUGCUUCCUGUAAUAACUUUUGAUUGGCACUAUCAAGUAACUGACUACUUAACAUCAAGUGAUCUUUGUUCAUAUUCUAACUUUUCAGUGUGAGAAAAGUAUGGGGAAAAUGGUUAUGGAGAUUGUUGCUUUGCUGCUUAGUAUAUCAGGCUGGGUUCUCAUCUCCUCCACGCUUCCCACUGACUACUGGAAAGUGUCCUCCAUAGAUGGAACUGUCAUCACUACAGCAACCUUUUGGUCCAAUCUCUGGAAGACAUGUGUGACAGAUUCGACUGGAAUCUCAAACUGCAAGGACUUCCCUUCUAUGCUGGCUUUAGAUGCUUAUAUCCAGGUGUGUCGUGGUCUGAUGAUCUCUGCAGUGUGCCUGGGUUUCAUUGGGUCCAUUCUAGCCCUAGUUGGAAUGAAAUGCACAAAGAUAGGUGGCACUGAGACUACCAAGGCCAGGAUUACCUGCCUCUCUGGACUACAUUUUAUCCUCAGUGGUGUCUGUUCAUUGGCAACAUGUUCACUGUAUGCUCAUAAAAUAACCUCUGAGUUUUUUGACCCAUUAUUUGUGGCACAAAAGUUUGAACUGGGUGCUGCACUGUUUAUUGGAUGGGCAGGUUCUGUCCUUUGCUUUCUGGGGGGUAGUAUCUUCUGCUUCUCAAUGAUAGAGGGCUUCAGCAUGAGAGAAUACACCUACACUGGUGUCACCACUUUCAUGACAACUCGAAGCAAAAACACCAACAGUCCUGUAAGUUCUGAAAAGGAUGCAGCAGAUCGGGGCUACUCUGUGAGGCAGUUUGGGAGGAAUGCCUAUGUCUAAUAUAAAUCCACAGGAAAGUUGUGUACAAAACUGGCACUGAUAUAGCCAAUAAGAGCAAAUGCCUAUAUUAUUAAUUGUAAGAUGGACAUGCUUUAUGCACAGCCAUAAUCACUAAAGCAAAGCACCAAAGAUAGACCAUAGACCAUCGCUAAUGCAUGUAGAAAGUAAAGUGAAAAUGUUGUAUUUUAUAACUAAUCUUUCUGUGAUGUAAUUUACUAAGUACUAUGUAACUAUCUAACUUCUCAUACCUGUAUAUUUUUAGAUGUUUACAAAUAUUAAAUGUUUGCAUUGUUCGCCAGGUCUGGAGUUACUGAAGGUCUCUUUGUCAUUUUUGGGAGCAGGGAUGAUAAAUGGCAGCAUAUAGUGAAGAUGGAAUUAAUCUUCUGUCUUUAAUGGUUGUGGCCUUUGCUGAAUUGAGACCUGAUAACCAAGUGAACUGAUGACAGACAUUUAUGAUGUUGGUUCCUGUUGCAUACUUCUGGCUCUGGAACAUGCUGUCUAGAUACGGAAAUUAGAUCAGCCUAGUCACCUAUUCUUCAGGACCUAGCAUCUGUCUCCACCUCAUGAUCAAUGGAAACCCUAGACUUUGACCUCUGUUUCUCAAAGAUUUCUGGAGUGUUCCAGUGCUCUGCUGGGCUGGUAGCAUGCCAUUUUUUCCAACCACAUGUUUCUGUGUUGGGUAUUUUCAGUACUGAUUGUAGUUUUU